AUGGCCAAAAAUACGCCAACGAAAGUAUACGGAGCGCAUAAUUUGGAAAGCAGCAGUUGUUGUCGGCUGUGUAUAAAAUCAGUCGGUGAUCCCGCACAUCGAUAUAAACUAUUUAACAAAACUAACAGCGAGAUCCUUGCCAUCGCUGAGCAUAUUUAUGGCCAUCCACUUCCAAAAGAAGCAGGACUGCCGCAACUUAUUUGCAGGCCAUGUGAAAGACGCCUUCGUAGUUUCAGCGCGUUUAAGAAUACAAUUGUUCAAACGCAAUCAACUUUGACCAAGUUCAAACGGUGUAACAAAGAUUCGCCUGGCGUGUCACGCGUAUCGAAAAGUUUAAAAUCGGCACAAGAACCUCCGCAAAAACAAUCCCAAAGAGCAAGACAACGUCUCUGUUUUAUGCAAUCUUCGCAUGGGAAAGAG